GCCCCACCCCCGCCGGCCUCCGAGGGGCGGAGAACGGAGGAGAAGGAGGCGGAGGCGGAGAGAAGCGGCCGCCGCCGCCGCCGCCGCCACUGCCGCCGCCGCCGCAGUAGCAGCCAACUUGAGACCGAGCUGCGGAGCCCGCCCGCAGGAAGCCGGGCCCCCGGAUCCCCAGUCGCCUGGAACGGGUCAUGGCAGCCGGCGCCCCGCCCCUGAACCCGACCCCGACCCGGGCUGCGGCUCCGCAGCUGCCGCUCCCCGCCCGACGCUGAGCAGCCGAGCCGCCGAGCAGUCCCGCCUUAGCCUCCCCUGCCGCCGCCGCGGCUCCGGCUUCUGCUCCUACUCCUUUUCCGCACAAGUUUCCGCCGCCUCCCAGAGCAGCCGCGGAAGGGCCAGCGAGGGGCUGAGGGCCCGCGGUCCCUGGCCAGCCGGCCAUGUGGGGGCGAUUCCUGUCCCUGGAGCCCGGCGGCCCCGGCGGAAUCCGCAGCUACCUCACCGGCCAAGAUUACUCCUCUGCAGCAUGGUCAUCUGGUACUGAAUCUUUGUGGCAGGCCACACCUUUUCCAUCAAGCACUCGUAUUAGCCACACCCGACGACAUAGCAUAGCUUCUGACAGUGGGGAUACUGGCAUUGGAACCUCCUGUUCUGACAGUGUGGAAGACCAUUCUACUUCAAGUGGUACAUCAUCAUUCAAGCCCAGCCACUCACUUGUCACAAUUCCCACUGCCCAUGUGAUGCCGUCUCAUUCCAGUUCUUCAAUUUCCAAACACAGGGAUGCACUGACAUCUGAUGGGUCAAAAUGGACUACAAGUUUCAUACAGACAAUGGGAAACCGAAAUCGAGGAGAACUGGACUCUUCACUUGACAUGAAGGACAUACGACCUAUAAGAAAAUGGUCAUCUUUGUCUAAACUCAACCUCCCAGAUAACUGUAGUCAAGAUGGCAGUGUUCGAUCUGAGGAAUCCAGGAGUAGUUUAGAUAAGCCAGAGAGAGACAGGGCUUUAAUAGCACAACUAAGGGCAAAUGGUCCCAGCUGCUUACAUGAUAGUAUGGAGAUGCUUCGAUUAGAAGACAAGGAAAUGAAUAAAAUACGAUCUUCAACUCUGGAUUGUAAAUACAAGUUUGAGAGCUGUAGCAAAGAAGACUUGGGAAUCUCUCCUGCUCAUAGGAGACAUGCCUUAGACAAGACAUAUAGUGCCUUACCUGAAAGCAAGUCCUCUUUAACAAGUUCAGAGCCUUAUGAACAAAAAUAUCUAAUGCUAGGCCAGCAGGCUGUGGGUGGAAUUCCUAUUCAGCCCUCUGUUAGAACUCAAAUGUGGCUUACUGAUCAAUUACAUGCAAAUCCUCCUGAUUGCAGGCCUGUUGAUGAAGCUUUCACCUUAGCUCCCUGGCAGCAGCAGCAGCUUGAAGAAUUCAGGCAAGGGAGCGAGCCCCCUAUGCAGGUUUUGACUGGAUCUCGUCAGAAUUAUUCAACUUCUGGCUACCAUGAUUUUAAUAGAUGGGAAUCUUUAUUGAAAAUUAAAGAAGGAUUGCUAAGGCAGAAAGAAAUUGUAAUUGACAGGCAGAAACAACAAAUUUCGAAUCUACAUCAGAGGAUCAGGGACAAUGAAUUACGAGCACAACAUGCCAUGUUGGGCCACUAUGUAAAUUGUGAGGAUUCUUAUGUUGCAGGUUUGCAGCAGCCACAGUAUGAUAACGCUUCACUUCAGGCUCCAUUUCCUGAUCGAUCAAUAUCUCGCCCUGAGCAUGAGGAACUUGAACGAAAGCUUGCUUCUGCAGAAAAAGAGCUUUCACAACUCAAUGAGUUUCUCAAGCAAAGUGCAAGCAAAUCUAAUGAAGAGAAGAAGAAACUGGAAGAGAAGCUUAAAACCAGAGACAGGUACAUUAGUAGCUUGAAAAAGAAAUGUCAGAAGGAAUCUGAACAAAACAAAGAGAAACAAAGACGAAUUGAGACCUUGGAAAAGUACUUGGCUGAUCUGCCAACUCUGGAUGAUGUGCAGAGCCAGAGCCAACAGCUGCGGAUUCUAGAAGAAAAAAACAAGAACUUACAAGAGACUGUAAAAGAUAUGGAGAAAAAACUUGGAGAGAUCAGAACUCAGUAUCAAGAGAAAGAGGGGCAGCUAGCCUGUCAACGGAAGAAAGAAAAGGAGUUGGUUACUACUGUGCAAAGUUUACAACAGAAAGUUGAAAGGUGUCUUGAAGAUGGUAUCCGGCUGCCCAUACUAGAUGCAAAGCAACUUCAGGAUGAAAAUGAUCAUCUCAAAGAACAGAAUGAGAAUGCCAGUAAGGUAAUAGACAGCCAGCAAAAUAAGAUUGACAGAAUGUUGUUAGAAAUUCAGUCUAUGCAAGAGAAACUUUGUCAAGAGAAAUUGGCAACCCAAAAAGUGGAGGAAGAGCUAGAAGAAAAAGAAAAGACUAUAAUGAAGUUAACAGAAACUUUACUUGAAAACCAAAGACUAAGUGAAGAAUAUUCUCCUUUCUUAGAAGAACAGCAAGAGAAACAAUCCAAGCACCAGGCUGACUUAUCUCUACAGCCACUAUUGAAUUUGAACAUGGUUGAUCAGUUGUUCAAGGAAAUGUCCCAUUGUUUGUUUGACUUGAAAGCAUUGUGCAGUAUUCUUAAUCAGAGAGCUCAGGGCAAGGAGCCUAAUCUUUCGUUAUUGCUGGGAAUCAGAUCUAUGAGCUCAUCAACUGAAGAGACUGAGAAUGACCACAGCCCAGAAUCACUGACUAAAAAACUAUCAGACAUGUGCCAGUUACGGAAGGAGAUUGAUGAAUUAAGGACUAUGAUAUCAGACCGCUAUGCUCAGGACAUGGGAGACAACUGCAUUACCCAAUGAUAAAGUAUUGGUCCCACAGCAAUAAUGAUGCGUUACUUAGUGCUGCUGUGUAAACUUUUCUUCAUCUUUCUGUUCAGGAGCCAUAUUGGAAGAUUGCAUUUCUAUUUGACCUGCAUAUAGGUUUUUCUGUGUAUUGUUUUGUUUUCGGGUAGGGAAGGAUGGGACCGGUAGAUAGUUUUCAAUGGAACUUAUUUAAUCAAGGAAAAAAAGAACCCACAUAUUUCAAAUCACCUUUUGAAAAGUAGAUAAAGUCUACACAAAAUAUCUCUAUUCUCAAACUACUGAUUGUAGGACCAAGCUGUGAAGAGUGCUAUUCAGUUAAAGAGGUAGGGUUUUUUUUUUUAAUCCCAUGGCAUUUUAAUGUUUAUAAAGGUUUUCUGGGGUUAAAGGAACGUUCCAAGGAAGGUACUGAUUGUAUGUCCAUUUAUUGUUCCUUCCAGUAGAAGUUUGUAUUGCACAUUUAGGAUGUUCAAGACCUAACGGAAGCAAGGUUUACAACAUCUGCCUCUUUAAUAGGGGCUUGGAAGAUGCUUUUGCUAUUGGAACAAUCAUGCUGUUGAAAGAUGCAGUCUUAUGGGUUAGAAUAGUAGUAGUAUGUAGACAGGUGAACUGUUUUUAGUAUGCUUUCUAGCUACCUAUUACAGUUGGGAAAGUUUGAUAUGAUAAAACACUUUUAUCACCAACAUGAGCGAGUUUUUUAGCAUUUGUAUUCUUUUCCAGCAAAGGGGAUAUUUAGCAUUAGUUUGUGCUACUAUCUUUACAUAUUAGUUCCUGUUGGUUUUUUCUUUGGGGGCAGGGUAAGUUAUUCAUCUGAAAAGAACAUCGUGAACAUAAAGUUUUGUUUAUAGUUAAGAUUGUAAAGGCUGUAGAUGAUCACCAAAAAGGGAAAUUAAGAAUACUAGCUUUGGUUGUAAUUCUUAAAAAUUUUGUCUGCCCAAAUUUCAAAUUGAAGGCUAUUGAAAAAGUUAGCUGCAGUCUUCAUUCCUAUUUGGGUAUUCACCAACACAAAGAAGAUACAAUCCAUACUUAGCUGAUUUCUUUUGUUUAUUGCACCAAGUUGCACUCAUUGAGAUAUAGCUCCUCAUUUAACCCUUGACCAUGACUUGACCAUGCUAAUUCUUUAACUUAUAUGUGAAUCUAAGGUAACAUGAGUAAUUUUUUAGUAAGCAUAAUUGAAUUUUAUGCAUCCAAAUUAAUUCAACAUUAUGCACUUAACCCCAAAAUGCAGCCAUUGCUUAACAAGCUUUUGAAUAUAAUCUUUUGACAUUACCUUCAGAAUCUAUGGCACACACUACUUUAAAUAACCUCGUUGUGGAAAAUCUUCAUUAUUGGAGGGUGAGUUUAAUUUUAGGAAAUGAUCAAAAGUUAUUUAGACCCAAAAGUGUUUACUAAAAAGGUAAUAUUGAAUUUUGUUUUGUAAAAACCGUAUAAGUGAAGUGUAAUAUUUUUGUAGCUCUCAAACUAACUUGAAGGCAAAGAUCUACUAAAGAAUAGGUCCACAAAUAUUUUGAGAAAUGGAAGCAUUAUUGGAAUAGCGAUGUAGCCACUUGAGGGGACUGCUUUCAGACAGAACUCAUUUUCAUAUUUCAGCCUGAUGAGAUUUUGUUUUUUUAAAACUAUCGGUCACAUUAUUUUUAGAGGCAGGCCUCAUAUAUAAAAUAUUCUACAGCUUUAGUUCAAGUAACGGUUUUUAAUAUAUUCAGCUUGGAUUCUGCCCAGUGCCUGUGUAAAAUACUCCCUUGCUAAUAACUGAGGUGAUUUAAGGGAGGUACUGACUCAGUCACUAAGGAAUCAUUAAUUCAGUGCAGUAAUGAUGUAUUCAUCUGCAUCUUAAUAUAGAAUGGAGUGAUACAGGCACCAGAGAGAAUAAAUAAUGUGUUUGAUUUGUUUUGUAUUUUUAAAGGAAAUAAAAACACCACCUCUAGUAUUUUAGUAUAUAGGCACUAAAGUAGUAAACUUGUAUCUAAAUAGAUGAUGCAAAGAUGAAACUUUAAAAUGGGUGGGUAUUAUAUUUUAAAAUAGUUAAAUUAUCUUUCUAUUCUAUAGAACUGAAAUUCUUAGCUUCAGUGAAAAUGCCUUGACAGUAAAGCAGAUAGAAUAAGUACAGUCCCUUGGGAUAGGCCACUCCCAGCUCUUGGAACGGGAAAGUCACUGGACUUAGGGUAGACAAUCAGCAAGUUAGGUCACCAAAUGAUCUUGUUUAAAUAUCUCCUAUGCUGUUAAUGAUAAGUUGUUGGGUGUUUUGUUUUUUAUCCUAAUGGUCAACAUUUUUCUAAGUCUGUUUAUUCAUUUGGCUUAGUUGUCAUGAAAUCUUUUCAGGGUAUUUUUUUUUUAAUAAGUUAAUGUUCUAAAGUAUAAUUAAUUUGCACUAAAGUAACUUUAUGGUGAGCAUUUUUAAAAAGUAAAUUUAAUGGAAAACUGGCAAACUAGUACUGUUGCCUUCAGUUUGUAGAACUAAAAUCAUCGUGGACUAUUUCUUACAGAACACCUCUGGUGCUGUGUGCAGCCUAACACCCCCCCCUCCCCCCCCCCCCCCCCCCACAGUGCUACUUUCUCCACACUUAAAGAAAAAUUGUGGUAUUGGUUUUGUUUUACUGGAAGACUCGAGAAAGAGUGAAUUGGGUCACCCAGAAAUGCUUCAGUAACCCAAUAAUUACAUUACUUUGGAAAUAUAAAUGUUGAGAAAUUGUUGCAAUGGUAUAUGAAAAGAAAAUAUUCAGAAUUUAAAUUUAACCUACUUUGAAGGUUCUCUUUAGUGUGAAAAAGCCUUUUAAUGUGUUAUUGUGACCAUAAAUGUGCUUGCUCCUUAGGAAGGGCCUUUUAAUACUCAGACCAUAUUGACAUUUGAAUAUUGGUCAUUUGAUUUUUGAAGUGUGAAUUUAGUCUGCUUCCUUCACUUUAAAACAGGCAGGUGUCUCAGCCAAAGGCCCUCAUUAAUCUGACCUUACAGGCACAAUAGUUAUCAUUCAUUUAAUGUCAGCAAGUACUCUUUGUUAUUACUGAGCUCUUGGCAAAACACAUUGGAAGAAGAAUAAGCUUUGAUAGUGUAAGAUAGGCUGGAUUGUUUACUUGUUUGAAAACACUUUGUGGACCCAUUUUACAUAUGUAACAAGGUUGCUUAAUAUUAACAGUGACAUAAUUUAGUGAAAUCAAUUUUAGUCAUGAAGAGUUUGUUAAACUGCUUUAGUCAUGAUAAUUUUCUUCAGUAGCUAUUAAGAGACAAUCUCAAGAGCUGGAAAAAAGUUGAUAAUGGAUACUGUACAGUUCUGCCCUAGUGGGCUGAAUUAUUAACCUAUUUAUAGCUUUAUGAUUAAUUUGCAGGAAUUGGGGAGCAUAUUUUUUACAGAAAUUACUGUAUUUAAAAAUGUACUUUAAAAUAUCAGUAAUUGUUCUUUGAGCAAAGAACAGUUGAGGCCCUGAACUGUACAGAUUUAGUGGUGGUGUGCUUCGGCACGCAUCUAGCUUGCGUUUUUGGCAUCAGUUGUAUUAGUUUGCAUCAUUGUAUAUUUGUAAUUAAAGUAAUAAGCAAUUCUUAGAAUGACCCCUACACUCAGGCUAAACAAUUGGAAACUGCCAUUAGAUGCAGCCACAAGAGCCAAAGUUAAUUCUCUUUCCAUUUUGCCAGUUUGUUUCUAUUCUCCAUGAGCAAGACAAAAGCUUUCCUACUUAGAAUAUAAAGAGACAGCUGUACCUGUCCUCACCCCCAGUCAUCUUGAUAUGGAAUUUUGCUCAUCUGUAAUCUUGUUUUCCCAUAAAAGCAUUUAUCUUAGAUGGGAAAAAUAAAAUUUGGGAUCUAAUUAUCCUUUUUAAUUAAAAUAUUAAUACUGAACAUGGUUAGAUUUUCAAAUCGAUAACUCAUUAGCAAUAUUAAUUCCACGGUUGUAUACAGUCAGCACCCUUGUGCCUUUUUGCCUGCAGUACACAUGUUCAUUUCUGUUUUACAUAAGCUUUAAGAAUGUCGAUAAUUAUUGCACCUUGUUUCUUCCCUAAUUAGACUUUCUUAAGCUUUUUUUUUUCCCCCAACAAGGAGAGAAGUAUUUAACAAAUAUAGGAGUAGGUCCUAGGCAUGUCUUCAGAGCUGAGCUCUUGACCCCUAUGAAGUGAGCAGGAAUCUCCAUCAGAAUGUAUUCAUUUGUAUCUAUCAGUUACAGUAUUGCAUAGGUGUGAGAAGUAGGGUGCUAGGCAGUUACAUUAAAAGCACAGCAGUGUGUAUUAUUAGAUCAGUCUCUAUGACUGGUAGUUUUAGUAAAUUGGGUUCAGUUUUUGAACCAUUCAGAAUACCUCAUGUGUAAAUACAGUUGUCAUGACUUAAUUGAAAUGCAGUCAUUGUAAAAAGGAAGUGAAGCCACUGGAUGGCUUAUGCCUUCAGGCCUAUCAUUCUUGCCUCUUUGUGUAAAGGGGUUGUUUUUGUUUUUUUUUUUGUGUGUGUGUGUGUUUUGGGGGGGUUUUAUAUUUUAAAAAAUAGGGUUUACAGCUAGAAUUUUGAAUGCCAAAGUUCUAUUUAUUAAAUAAAAAGAAAGUUUUCAAUGUUAAUGGCUAGUAUUUUUCCACUGGAGUAUCGUUUGUUGAUGUUUGGAUUUGUAUUUACAGAGAAAUAAAUUUUUUU